AUGGACACCUUGUGUAGACUAUAUGAAGGUUUCUCAUCUUCCGAUGGUUCCAUAAGACAGGAAUCAGAGAAACAAUUUAACAACUUAAAACAAUCUGACCCAAAUACAUUUUUACAGUUAACUCUGGGGAUUCUACAACAACAACCUAAUUCACAAUAUCGAGUACAAGCGGCUAUAUCAUUAAGAAAUGUUUUUAGGGAGUUUGUUCUUACUCCGGAUAAUUGCAUGUGGAAUAAGGUUUCUGCUGAAAACCAAACUAUUUGUCUUGCAACUUUACUGAAAUGUCUCGAGACUGAACAAGUAAAUGUAGUUUCUUUAAAUUUAAGUGAUACUGUAUCACUGAUUGCAAUGGAACUGUUUCCAUGUGGAAAGUGGCCAGAUUUACUACCAUUCUUAUUCAGGUUAAUAUCGAAUUUGCAGAAUUAUUCCGGGGCAGCAAACGCUCCAGAAUCUGUUUCCAUUCCUGCAAAACACGCAUUUAGAAUUAUUGGAGAAAUAAUGCCGGUUUUAGAUGAUGUGAUUACUUCUCACAGAGAUAGUAUAGUCUCCACAAUUAAUACAGCCUUGCAGUUCCCCGAUGUGGAAAUAAGAUUUGAGGCAAUUGGACUUAUUUCUUCUAUAGUUGAAUCUAAUGAGAAGAAGAAUUGGUCACCGUUGGUCCCACUUAUACCUUCUAUUUUAGAAACACUUCAGAACUUGAUAUCUGCCCAACAUGCUUUGGUUAUUGAUGUUCUAUAUCGUUUAACUACUAUAUCAGAAUCGGAACCAGCAUUUUAUCGUCAACACUUCUCCAUAUUCUUUCCACAAAUUUUAAACAUUGCAAAGAACGUACAAUUAUCAACUGACAUAAGGCAAGCUGCAAUGGAGUGUUUACUUUGCAUUGUUGAAACCCGUCCAAUGAUGUGUAUUAAAUACCCUUCUUUUGUUAAUGAUAUGGUCUCAACUUUAUUAAGUUUUAUGUUGGAAUUUGAUGACGACCCAAGCUGGUCAGAACUGAGUCCAGAGCAAGAAGAGAAUGAUUUGGAAUCGGAUAUUGAUGAUGAGGACUGUUUAUAUCCUAUUGGUGAGGAAGGUUUAGAUAGACUUGCAAGGGCACUUGAUGCAGAUUUUUUUAUUCCAGUAUUCUACCAGUUCAUAACAAUUUAUAUGCAAGAAACCUCGGCACAUCCAUGGAAGUAUAAGUAUGCGGCUAUCAUGGCAAUUGCGCAGACUAUUGAAUAUCUUCCAGAGGAUGAUGACAAUUACCACGAUAGAAUUGGGCAGAUUAUUUCAAGAGUACUUGGAUUUUUACAAGACCAAUUUCCUCGCGUUAGAUAUGCUUGCUGUCAAACAAUUGGACAAAUUUCAUUGGAUCAUUCUCCUUUUAUUCAAGAAGCGUUCCACUCUUCUGUAAUUCCACAAUUGAUCCAGGCUAUAGAUGACCCAAUUAGUAAAGUUUCAUCACAUGCAUUAUCCGCAUUAAUCAAUUUUACUGAAGAGGUUGUUGCUGAGGACCUACAACCAUAUGUAUGUCCUCUAAUGGAGAAGUUGCUGGGAAUUUUACAUAAAAGUCCACAACCACCUAGAAUUGUGAGAGAACAGUGUAUAACAAUGGUAGCGGUUAUUGCUGGAGUAAUUGAAAAUGACUUUACUCCCUAUUACUCUACAGUUGUUCCUUACCUUAAGAAAACAAUGAAUGAAGCUUCCCCCCAACUCAGGACCCUUAAAGGAAAAUGUAUUGAAUGCAUUACAAUAAUUGGGUUUUCAAUAGAUUAUUCUAUUUUCAAGAAUGAUGCACAGGAGAUCAUGUUGGUGUUCCUGCAGCUGCUUGGCAGUGGGUUAAAGGGGGAUGAUCCAUUAAAGGAAUACUUACAGGAGGCUCUACAGAGAAUGUGCCGUAUUAUGAAGCAAGAUUUUGUCCCGUAUCUACCUCAUUUAUUACCUGGAAUCUUUAAUAUAUUAGAGACAAGAGAAGAUAGUUUAGCCACUAAAUUGCUUAGUUCCAACGAUUCACCUUCAGAUGACGUUGAAAAAAGUGAUGGUGGAUCACUAGGAAUACUUUCUGCACACGAUUUCAUUGGAAUGAGGACCUCACUAGUACUAGAUAUGGAAUCUUCAUUAGACAUUCUAAAUACAUUUAUUGAAGUUCUUGGGUCAAGUUAUCAUGAAUAUAUUUCGGGGACAAUAAAGGUAAUUCAUCCUCUUAUAAGGUUCUCAUUAUCUGAUGAAAUUAAAGAGAAAACUUACGAGGUAUUAAGUGGCCUGUUAAAAAUAAUGCGUGAAUUAGCGGAGAGGGACUCUAAUCUGAGGACUCAAUUUUCCCAAAUAAUGAAUGAACUUAUUACAUUAUUCUUAUCUGUAAUGGAUGAAGAAUGCAGGACUGGUACGAUUGACAGUCAAGUUAUUGUUAUUAAUGGAGUACAAGAAUGUUUAGAUUCAUUCGGCAACAAUACAUUAAAUAAUGAUCAAGUGGCUAUAAUUGCAUCAAGAUGCUUUGAUAUGCUACAACAAAGUUUCGUUAGAAGGAGGAAACUUGACGAAAGAUCUACUGGAGAAAAUGGAGAAAUACAAGUAAAACUGGACGUUGACGACGAUGAUGAUAAACGGUGUAUUGAAGAAGAAAAAGAACAAGAACAAGAACUUAGACUGAAUAUUUUAGGUAUCUUGGGUGUUUUGAUGAAAUACUAUCCAAGCAUCUAUUGGGAAAGAGUAGGAAACAUUACCAUCCAAUUAGUUUCUCAACACAUUGUUAAAGUUCAUAAUAAUGUGGAGGAUAGGGUACUGGGUUUCCACCUCUCAGCAGACGUAUUCCAAUAUUUAUGUCCAACAGCCUACCAACAUUGUUUACCAUGGAUACAACAUAUUUUGGAAGGUAUUAAUGACCCUAUUGCAAGUAUUCAACAAAAUUGUGCAUAUUCACUAGCCCAGGCUGCAAAGCUCGAACAGUUCUCCGGCAUUUUAAAUGACGCACUCCAAGUAUUGUUAUUAAGACUGCAAAGUAAAACUAAGGGCAAAUCGUUUAAUCUUGCAAAAGAUAAUUGUAUAAGUGUUUUAAGCAACAUAAUCGUUCAUCACCAAGGAUCUAUUAACAACAUUAAUGAAAUAGUUAAUGUUUGGAUUUCAUUGUUACCUAUAAAAUAUGAUACGGAUGAAGCACAGAACUCUCAUACGGCAUUAAUGAACUUAGUUGACUCGAAAAAUCCGCACAUUUUGGGCCAAAAUUUGGAAAAUUUCUCUAGAAUUUUGGCGAUAUUUAUUGAUAUUUAUGGCACAUCAAUGUCCAAUGAUUCACUAAAUUCUAGGAUUAAACUACUAAUUGCUCAAACUGGCCCUAACAACCUUCAAAAUUUUGCAACAAAUCUUUCAAAGAAGCAAAUUGAUAAGCUUCAAAAGCUCUGUCAAUAG